UGGGGUGGGGCAGAGACCUGGCCGCCUCACCGGACACCCCCAUGGCCAUCCGAGCUCGAGCGCUUUACGAUUUCCAGAGUGAGAACAAGGAAGAAAUCAACAUCUACGAGAACGAAGAGUUGGUACUUUUCAGUGAGAAGUCGCUGGAUGGAUGGCUGCAAGGCACCAACUCCCGAGGAGAGACGGGCCUGUUCCCCGCCUCUUACGUGGAGAUCCUUCGCUCCAGGUCCUCCUCCACGUACACCAACAGCCCCGCUGGGUCUCCUGGGAAUGGGUCCUCCUUCUACGUCUCCUCGUCCGCCCCCGGCAUUGCCCACCAGGGCAGCUUUGAAGACGACGAGGAUGACUGGGACGAUUGGGACGACGAAAGCACGGUGGUGGAGGAGCCCAGGAGCGAGGCGGGAACCAACGGGCACCCCUCGCCGAGCCUGUCCUGCCCCAGGCCCUACACUCACCCCAACAACGUCGGGGGUCGGGCCAAGCCGUCUUUGGAAAGGCAGGACAGCAUCGGGUCUUCCAAGAGAGGAAGUAUGGUCAGCCGGAACCUCAAUCGUUUCUCCAGCUUUGUCCGCUCUGGAGUGGAGGCCUUUGUUUUGGGGGAUGUACCCAUGAUGGGCAAGAUCGCCGAGGCCUACUACAUAGACAUGGGCGCGAAAGGCCCACAGUGGCGGUCCAACCCGCACCCUUUCCUCUGCUCCGUGGAAGAGCCCACCAAACAGACCAAGUUCAAGGGCAUCAAAAGCUACAUCUCCUACCGGUUGACGCCCAGCCAUAGCAACUCGCCGGUCUACCGGCGCUACAAACACUUCGACUGGCUGUACAACCGCCUGCUGCACAAGUUCACCGUCAUCUCGGUGCCCCACCUGCCGGAGAAGCAAGCCACGGGGCGCUUCGGGGAGGACUUCAUCGAGAAGCGCAAGCGGAGGCUGAUCUUGUGGAUGGACCACAUGACCAGCCACCCGGCGCUCUCCCAGUACGAAGGCUUCCAACACUUCCUCAACUGCGGGGACAACAAGCAGUGGAAGAUGGGGAAACGCCGGGCAGAGAAGGACGAGAUGGUGGGGGCUAGUUUCCUCCUGACCCUCCAGAUCCCAACCGAGCACCAAGACCUGCAGGAUGUGGAGGACCGAGUGGACACCUUCAAGGCCUUCAGCAAGAAGAUGGACGACAGUGUCCUGCAGUUGACCAGCGUAGCUUCUGAGUUGGCCAGGAAGCACGUUGGGGGCUUCCGCAAGGAGUUCCAAAAAUUGGGCAACGCUUUCCAGGCCGUCAGCCAAGCCUUCCAGAUGGACCCGCCUUACAGCUUCGAUGCCCUCAACAACGCCAUCUCCCAUACGGGCAAGACCUACGAGGUAGUGGGAGAGAUGUUCGCAGAGCAACCCAAGAACGACCUGUUCCUUAUGUUGGACACCCUUUCCUUGUACCAGGGACUCCUCUCCAACUUCCCAGACAUCAUCCACCUUCAGAAAGGUGCGUUUGCCAAAGUGAAGGAGAGCCAGCGGAUGAGCGACGAAGGGAAAAUGGACCAGGAGGAGGCGGACGGGAUCCGGAAGCGUUGCCGAGUGGUUGGCUUUGCCCUGCAGGCCGAAAUGAAUCACUUCCACGAGAGGCGCAUCUUGGACUUCAAAAAGAUGAUGCAGUCCUACAUCCGGGAGCAGAUUGUCUUCUACCAGAGAGUCAGCCAGAAGCUGGAAGAGACGCUGAGGAGGUACGACAGCCUCUAGUAAGCCCGCCAGAUAUUGGAGCUCAGGAUGGUCCUGAAUGCUAACCGUGCCCUCAGCUGGGAUGAGCAUCAGUGACUGCGUUUCCUUCUCCGCCUCUGGGAAAGGGAGGUCUUCUCCUUGUGGUGGACCAUGGGAGGUCCAUUCCAUUGACUUGUGCUCUCCACCAUCUUCACGAGGCUAAACUUUGAGCGCCGAAAGGGAAACUCGUAGCUCCCCUGUCGUGACCAAAGCUUGGGAUGGGGUGGUCCCCACCCAUUCUCUUCCAAUCGCAAGGACCCCGCCCAGAAUCAUUGCACAAAAGACAUUUUGACGAGCGGAAUUCUUUUCCUCAAGAAGAGCCGAGCUUUUGGCUUCCUAUAGCCUUGUUUUGUUUACAGAGGAAGUAAAAGAAUUUGCUUUCCAAAGGAAAUGUAGCUUUUCGCUCUAGCCAGCUUUCUUUUUUUCCCUCUCUCUCUCUCAGGCUUGAUUUUUUUUCUGGAAACACACCAAAAGAAAA